UUGAAUGAGUCACAGUCGUAUACAGCGUUGCUGUCGCUCUUGAACGCAGCUCGUCACCUUUUAUUCAACACAACAGACAAACUGCUUCCCGGACAGAAGUGAAACGAGCAAAGCUGAAGACAAGGUGUAUUCUUCUUACCCAGGCAGCCAGAAUGACGAGCCUCCAGCUGAGUGCGAAAGAGGAGAUGGUGGAGAGGUUUCUGGAUGCUGCAGCCAGAGGGGACCUGACGCAGGUGUCCACGCUGAUGUCUCACAGCCCCACGCUCAUCAACCAGACGGGUUACAGCGGCUGGACGGCGCUGAUGCUCGCCGCUCGCAACGGACAUUACCUUGUGGUGGAGGCGCUGCUGUCACAUGGCUGUGACAAGUUCUCGGUGAACAGCUCGUCACAGACCGCCUACGAUAUCGCCAAGUUCUGGGGCCACACGCACAUCUCCAACCUGCUGGGCCGGACGGACGACGGCUGCCAGCGGGUCCUGCCGGGCUAUGACCUCCACCAGCAGGAGAACUACUUCAGCAGAGAGACGCUGGACCGGCUGAGCGCCAAGAGGACAGACAAGGUCUGGUUGGAGGAUAAACAGAGCGACCCAAAUACAGUCUACCUCCUGUUCUCCAACCUCAGCCCCAUGGUCAGCAGCUCCCAGGAAGACGACAAUGCAGGGGGUGAGACCAGGCUGUGUCGGUUCAGAUAUGAGGCAGUUAAAGAUCUUCUCCAGAAACCUGCGGCUGUGCUCAUCUUCCUAGGAGUGGAGAAGAGGAAAAAACCCUCCUCUCAGACAGCAGGAAGUGUCCAGGAGGCUCCUGCUUGGUUUGCCAUCAACACGGAUGAAGACGCUGCUGAACUUCUUAAACGCUGCCGAGAGAAGAACUGCUGCUUCCCAAAGACACCCAACAGAGACCUGCUGAAGCUCAACGAGGAAGAGGCCGGAGUUGUGGCUCAGGCUCGAUCGGUGUCGGCCUGGCACAGCCGCUACAGCUUCUGUCCGACAUGUGGCAGCAGCACCAAGCUGGAAGAGGGAGGAUACAAGAGGAGCUGCCUGAACUCUGAUUGCAGGAGCCUCAAGGGGAUUCACAAUACCUGCUAUCCACGAGUCGACCCAGUGGUCAUCAUGCUGGUGAUCCACCCUGAUGGAAACCAGUGCUUACUGGGAAGGAAGAGGAUCUUUCCAGUUGGCAUGUUCUCCUGUCUGGCUGGAUUCAUAGAGCCCGGGGAGACGAUGGAGGAGGCGGUGAGGAGGGAGGUGGAGGAGGAGAGCGGAGUGAAGGUCGGACCGGUUCAGUACGUCUCCUGCCAGCCCUGGCCGAUGCCCUCCAACCUCAUGAUCGGCUGCCUCGCUGUGGCUACGUCGACCGACAUCAAAGUGGACGAAAAUGAGAUUGAGGAAGCGCAGUGGUUCCCACGGCAACAGGUGAUUGACUCCUUCAGAGGAACCCGUCCAGCCUUCACUGUCCCUCCAAGACAAACCAUCGCACACCAGCUGAUCAGACACUGGAUCGGCAUGAACUCUAACCUCUAACCUCCAACCUUUAGCACUUGACGUCCAGACUGUCAAAUGGAUCUAAAAACCACCAGCUGUCUGAACUUUCACAGCUUUAUUACGGCAAACCAGCUACAGCACCAUCAAGGGAAUCACCAGAUUGUACAUGACGCAGUACUUUAAAGUGGUUUGUAUUUACUGUUAAAUCCAAAUCAUGUGCUCAUAUGUGGAGAAUCACAGUAUAAGAGUCCACACAUGGUUUUAUUAAAAAUGUUGGCUUCUGUACCAUC